AGCAUUCUGUUCGAGUUCCAUCCCCCAGCCUAGUGCUGCCAUUCUUUAUUUGCGCUCUCUGUGAGAAGCCUUUACGCUACUUACGUCCUUUCAUUCGAGUCUAUCACUCCUCACGAUCACUACCGGCGAACUCAACGGUCUUUUACAACUCUACUACGUCUCCCUGGGAUACAAUCUGCCCAAUAGAUUUCCAAUAGCCACAACCGGAGCCACGUCACAGUCUCACGACAUAUAUCAGUACACACAUCUCACACUCUUUUUCGAGAAGAUACCGCUGUUGCAGAAAUGUUCAGCUUAAUCUUCUUUGCUUUUGCUUGUUUUGCGUUCUUUUCUUUCGUUGCGGAAGCUUUGCCUGCACCUGUUGCAUCAUCCUUCCCGCUCAAAUCUUAUUACCACGGACCGCCAGCCUGGAGCCCCUCGGCCACGUACGAAUCGACUUCGACCUUCCCGACCCUCUCUAUUGGAUCACAACACAUCGCACCUACUGGAAUUGUCCCCUCUGGAUAUCUCGCCUCUGGAUUUUACCCAACCGCAUCUGGAUAUGCUUGGCCUACUGGAACUGGAUUCCCUUCUGGAGUAACUGGACACCCUCAACCUACUGGAACUGGACAAAUCAAUGCCACCGCAUUCUCUUCAUGGUGGACAUCAUACCGUCAAUCUUCCGCCUCCCUAUCUCUCUACUCUUCCGCUUCAUACAACAGCACUACCUCGGUCUCUGUUAACAGCACUAUCCCUACAUCAGUCUCGGUCAUUGCUUCUUCAACAUCGGCCGCCGCUUCCAGCACUGCAACUGCCUCGACGGGAUCUGCUGUGCUUCCUGACGUCCUCCGCGGUGUCAACAUCGGUGGCUGGCUCAUUCUGGAGUCAUGGAUGAACUGGGACGUCUUUGCUGACACUGACGCAAAGGACCAGUUUUCUUUCGACAGCUGUGAUGGUGCCAAGGACAAGCUCGAGAAACAUUGGUCUACCUACUUCACCGAGUCCGAUGUUGAGGGACUGGCUGCCGCUGGAAUCAACGCUGUGCGUAUUCCUAUCGGCUUCUGGUCUUACCUGGAUACUGCUCCUUACCUUAUGGGCGCUGAUGCCUACCUCGAAAAAGCCAUUGGUUGGUGCCGUAACCAUGGUAUCAAGGUCCUCGUUGACUGCCAUGGCUCGCCCGGCUCUCAGAACGGUUUCGACAACUCUGGCCGCUCUGGCAAUGUAGCUUGGCAACAGGACGAUAACAUGGAACAAAGCAUCAGCAUCCUCGAGACGAUUGCCAAGAAAUACGGUGCUCAGGAGUACGCUGAUGUCGUCUUUGGUAUCCAGCUCGUCAACGAACCCAUUUCGUGGGACCAGAACAACAUUGACACCACCAAGGAAUGGGCCAAGAAGGCCUACACCGCUGUCAAGUCUGCUUCGACCAACCAAGACCUCGCUGUCAUUAUGCACGAUGGUUUCAUGGGACCCUCGGACUGGGAAGAGGUUGGUGCUGCUGUCAACGGUGGUGCCUCUCUUUCUGACGCCAAGUUUUGGAUCGACACCCAUCUCUACCAGAACCAGGUUGCAGAUGACUCCAAGUUGACCCAGGACGAACAUGUCGAGAAGGCCUGCAACUGGUCAUCAACCGAGCUUCUGCCAUCAUCGUCUAACCUACCGGUCAUCGUCGGCGAGUUCAGCGCUGCUACCAACAUCUGCGCGAACCCUGACGGAUCCACUGUUGCCGGUAGCGUCUGCUGGAUCGACGGCUGCCAAUGCUCUGCCAAUGUCGACAUUGAGGACUGGAACGAGCCUCUGAUCCAAGCUACCCGCAAGUUCCUCGAAGCUGAGCUCGAUACCUUUGAAGCACACGCUCGCGGAUACUUUAUGUGGAACUUCAAGGGACCUGGUGCCUGGGGCUACCAGAAUGCCAUCAAGUAUGGCUUGAUUGGAGACAAGAUCACAGACAGAAAGUAUCCUGGUCAAUGUAGCUCAUGAGAAUAACGGAUGAAGAGAAGAAAGAUAGAAGAGGCGCUGGACGCCGACGAAGAAGGUUAAAAA